GCUCGGGGCUCCGGCCGCAGCCAUGGAGCGGCGGCUGCGCGCGCUGGAGCGGCUGGCGCGGGGCGAGGCCGGCGGCGGCCCGGGGCUCGACGGCCUUCUGGAUCUGCUGCUGGGGCUGCACCACGAGCUCAGCAGCGCCCCCCUGCGGCGGGAGCGCAAUGUGGCGCAGUUCCUGAGCUGGGUCGGUCCCUUCGUAGCAAAGGUGAAAGAGCUGCGACUGCAGAGAGAUGACUUUGAGAUCUUGAAGGUGAUCGGCCGAGGGGCCUUCGGGGAGGUUGCUGUGGUGAGGCAGAGGGACAGUGGGCAGAUUUUUGCCAUGAAAAUGCUGCACAAAUGGGAGAUGCUGAAGCGGGCUGAGACGGCCUGUUUCCGGGAGGAGCGGGAUGUUCUGGUGAAGGGGGACAGCCGCUGGGUGACCGCUCUGCAUUAUGCUUUCCAAGAUGAGGAGUAUCUGUACCUGGUGAUGGAUUACUACGCUGGAGGGGACCUCCUUACUCUGCUGAGCCGCUUUGAAGACCGCCUCCCGCCCGAGCUGGCACAGUUCUACCUGGCUGAGAUGGUGCUGGCCAUCCACUCACUGCAUCAGUUGGGCUACGUCCACAGGGAUGUCAAGCCAGACAAUAUCCUGCUGGACAUGAACGGGCACAUCCGCUUGGCCGACUUUGGCUCCUGCCUACGUCUCAACAACAGUGGCAUGGUGGACUCAUCGGUGGCAGUGGGGACACCCGACUACAUCUCCCCUGAGAUCCUGCAGGCCAUGGAGGAGGGCAAGGGCCACUACGGCCCACAGUGCGACUGGUGGUCCCUGGGGGUCUGUGCCUACGAGCUGCUCUUCGGGGAGACGCCCUUCUAUGCUGAAUCUCUGGUGGAAACCUACGGCAAGAUCAUGAACCAUGAGGACCACCUGCAGUUCCCCCCAGACGUGCCCGAUGUGCCGGCCAGUGCCCGAGACCUGAUCCGCCAGCUGCUGUGCCGCCAGGAGGAGCGUCUGGGCCGCGGAGGGCUGGACGACUUCCGGAACCACCCCUUCUUUGAAGGCGUGGACUGGGAGAGGCUGGCAACCAGCACUGCCCCCUACAUCCCCGAGCUGCGCGGACCCAUGGAUACCUCCAACUUCGAUGUGGAUGAUGACACCCUCAACCAUCCAGGAACCCUGCCGCCACCCUCCCACGGGACUUUCUUAGGCCACCACCUGCCAUUCGUUGGCUUCACCUACACCUCAGGCAGUCCCGGCCCCGAGAGCAGCUCUGAGCAGUUGGCUCCCCUGGAGUGGAAGCUCCGCUGUCUGGAGCAGGAGAAGCUGGAGCUGAGCCGGAAGCUCCAAGAGGCUCUGCAGACCCCCUCGGACCAUCGGGAGCUGGAGCAGCUGCGGAAGGAAGUGCAGACUCUUCAGGACAGGCUGUCAGAGACGCUGGGGGACAGCAAGGCGGACGGGUGUCCGACUGGCAGCCCAGGCCAGGACGGUGACCUGCGGCAGGAGAGAGAUCAGCUCCUCCAGGAGCUGGCUGAGGCUCGGGCGGGGCAGCAGGCACAGGCGCAGGAGCUUCGUGAGGCCAAGGGGCGGCAGGAGGAGCUGCUCCGGAAGCUGCAGGAGGCCCAGGAGAGAGAGGCAGCCAUGGCCAGCCAGACCCAAACCCUGAACUCCCAGCUGGAGGAAGCCCGCGAUGCCCAGAGCCAGCUGCAAGCUCAGGUGGCCGCCCUGAAGCGAGAUGUGACUCAGCUCCAGAGACAGCGGGAACAAAGCCCGGAGAAGGCGUCUACCCAGGUCAAGGUGACCGUCCACACCACCUCUGAGACCAAUGGCAUGGGAUCGCCUGAGGGUGGCGGGCCCCAGGAGACACAGCUGAAGCAGGAGGUGGCCGCGCUGCGUGCACAACUGGAGCAGGCCCGUGACCAGGGGCCGAACGGCAAGGAGGAGGCGCUGUGCCGGCUGCAGGAGGAGAACCGGCGGCUGAGCCAAGAGCAGGAGCGGCUCAUGGAAGAGCUGGAGCGGGAACAGCAGAGCAAGCAGAGGCUGGAAGGUGAGCGGCGGGAGACGGAGAGCAACUGGGAGGCCCAGAUUGCUGACAUCCUCAGCUGGGUGAAUGAUGAGAAGGUGUCAAGAGGCUACCUGCAGGCACUGGCCACCAAGAUGGCUGAGGAACUGGAGUCCUUGCGGAACGUGGGCACCCAGACUCUCCCUUCCCGGCCGCUGGAUCACCAGUGGAAGGCACGGAGGCUGCAGAAGAUGGAGGCGUCAGCCAGGCUGGAGCUGCAGUCAGCGCUGGAGGCCGAGAUCCGGGCCAAGCAAGGCCUGCAGGAGCGGCUGACGCAGGCACAGGAGGCCCAGCUGCGGGCUGAGAGCCGUCUGCAGGAGGCCGAGAAGCGGCACCAGGCCUUGCAGCAGGAGCUGGCGGCGCUGCGGGAGGAGCUGCGGGCGCGUGGGCCGGCGGACACCAAGCCUUCAAACUCCCUGAUUCCCUUCCUGUCCUUCCGGAGCUCAGAGAAGGAUUCCGCCAAAGAUGCGGGCACCUCCGGAGAGGUGCCGGAGCUGAGGCCGGAGGGCCGCCGCAGCCUGCGGCUGGGGGCCGUGUUCCCCAGGACGCCUGCUGCCACCACACCCCCUGCAGAAAGUCCCCCUGCAAAGCCUGGCUCACACACGCUGCGUCCCCGGAGCUUCCCAUCCCCCACCAAGUGUCUCCGCUGCACCUCGCUGAUGCUGGGCCUGGGCCGCCAGGGCCUGGGCUGUGACGUCUGCGGCUACUUCUGUCACCCGACUUGUGCCCCACAGGCCCCCCCCUGCCCUGUGCCCCCUGACCUCCUCCACACAGCCCUGGGAGUGCACCCCGAAACCGGCACGGGCACCGCCUACGAGGGCUUCCUGUCGGUGCCACGGCCCUCGGGUGUCCGGCGGGGCUGGCAGCGAGUGUUCGCCGCCCUCAGCGACUCACGCCUGCUGCUCUUCGAUGCCCCAGACCCGAAGCUCAGCCCAGCCAGCGGGGCCCUCCUGCAGGCUCUGGAUCUGAGGGACCCCCAGUUCUCAGCCGCCCCUGUCCUGGCCCCUGAUGUUAUCCACGCCCAAUCCAAGGACCUGCCUCGCAUCUUUAGGGCUCCAGCAGAAACGUCUCUUCCCCUGGGAGUUCGUCUCUCACGCUUAGCCUGGGUGACGGCCUCCCAGCUGACCGUGCCGCCCGCCACGUGCACCGUGCUGCUGCUGGCGGACAGCGAGGGCGAGCGGGAGCGCUGGCUGCAGGUGCUGGGCGAGCUGCAGCGGCUGCUGCUGGACGCGCGGCCCCGGCCCCGGCCUGUGUACACCCUGAAGGAGGCCUACGACAACGGGCUGCCGCUGCUGCCCCACGCUCUCUGCGCCGCCGUCGUUGACCAGGAACGCCUUGCUCUGGGCACCGAGGAAGGGCUGUUUGUGAUCCAUCUGCACAGUAACGACAUCUUCCAGGUGGGCGAGUGCCGGCGGGUGCAGCGGCUGGCCGUGAGCCCCGCUGCGGGCCUUCUGGUCGCACUGUGUGGCCGAGGCCCCAGUGUGCGCCUCUUUGCCCUGGCAGAGCUGGAGAAUGUGGAGGCGGCUGGCGCCAAGAUCCCCGAGUCUCGAGGCUGCCAGGCCCUGGCGGCCGGGCGCAUCCUACAGGCCCGCACCCCUGUGCUGUGCGUUGCAGUCAAGCGCCAGGUGCUCUGCUACCAGCUGGGCCCAGGCCCGGGGCCCUGGCAGCGCCGCAUCCGUGAGCUGCAGGCACCAGCCCCCGUGCAGAGCCUGGGGCUGCUGGGCGAUCGCCUGUGCGUGGGCGCGGCUGGCACCUUCGCCCUCUACCCGCUGCUCAAUGAGGCAGCGCCCUUAGCACUGGGGGCCGGUCUUGUGCCUGAGGAGCUGCCCCCGUCCCGCGGGGGCCUGGGCGAGGCCCUGGGCGCCGUGGAGCUCAGCCUCAGUGAGUUCCUGCUGCUCUUCACCACCGCCGGGGUCUACGUGGACAGUGCCGGCCGCAAGUCUCGCAUGCAAGAGCUGCUGUGGCCAGCAGCACCCACGGGCUGGGGUUAUGCAGCCCCCUACCUGACAGUGUUCAGCGAGAAUGCCAUCGACGUGUUCGAUGUGAGGAGGGCAGAAUGGGUCCAGACCGUGCCACUCAAGAAGGUGCGACCCCUGAACCCAGAGGGCUCCCUGUUCCUCUUUGGUACCGAGAAGGUCCGCCUGACCUACCUCCGGAACCCGCUGGCAGAGAAGGACGAGUUCGACAUCCCCAACCUCACGGACAACAGCCGGCGCCAGCUCUUCCGCACCAAGAGCAAGCGACGCUUCUUCUUCCGCCUGUCGGAGGAGCUGCUGCUGCAGCAGCGCAGGGAGAUGCUGAAGGACCCUUUCGUGCGCUCCAAGCUCAUCUCAACGCCCACCAACUUCAACCACCUGGUGCACAUGGGCCCUGCAGACGGGAGACCCAGCGCCAGGGACCUGCCCCCGGUGGCUGCGGAAGAGAAGGGACGAGGUGCCCGCGGCUCUGGCCCGCAGCGGCCCCACAGCUUCUCCGAGGCCUCGCGGCGCCCAGCCUCCAUGGGCAGUGACGGCCUCGCUAAAGACGCAGACCCCAGUAAGGACAGCCUCACCGCCUCCGCUACCUCUGCGUCCCUCCCCCAUGUUGUCACCCCCUUUGGACGCUUCAAAUCUGACCCUGGAUUUUCGUCCCCUCGCUCAUCCUGCUCCUGGAGCAGUGAAGAGGAAGCCUUGGACUUCUCUGUCCAGCGAAUCUGUGUCCUGCCCCCAGGGAUCUCUGAGCCCUGCGGUCUCCCUGAUACAGGUCUCAGAACGACCCCGGAGCCUCCCCCCAGCCCCUGAAUCUGAGAACUCCCCUUGACGUCCUCUGGCAGGGCCCAACUCCCUAUCCCAGGACCCAGAGAGACAUGAGGGAGCAAAGAGCUUGAGAAAUGCCAAACUCCGGCUGGUCCGGGACAUGUGGAAAUUGGACUCAGGGAGGGUCUGGGCUGGGCAUCCAUGGCCUGGGUUUCCAGGCCCCUGUGGGCGGGAUAGGGGUGGGGGUCUAACUCCCAGCCCUCAUCCUGCCCUUUCCUCUGCUUGCAACCCCAACCUGUGCUAGCCACGAGGAAUAGGAUGGCCCCCUCCAUUCUGGGGGCCCCUCUGCCCCAUCAUCCAGGGGUAAUUGUGCCAAAGCUCUCAUCUCCAGGGCUAAGCCCCAGGAGGCCUAUGAGAGUCCGGAUGAGGGACAGAGAAGGGCUGGACUCCUGGGAGCAAGCCGGGGUCUUGGCUGUGGACUAAUGCCCAGCAAGGCCGAGUAGGGGCAUAUCCCAGUCUCCACUCAAGGGCAGGACAAGGAAGAUAGACUCUGAUCCAGAGUCCGAGGUAGAGAAGGAGAGAGGAUGUCGGUGAAGGUAGUGAGACGGUCAGGAGAGGAAAGGAAGUGCAAUAGGAGAGGAUAGUGAUCGGAAAGAAGUGAGAGCCAGCCAGAGGAGAAGGCGAAGAAGAGAAGGAUAAAGGAAGAGCAGUGGAGAAGAGAGAGGCCAGAGGAGAGGGCUGGAGGGAGUGGGAGCUGGGAGAGCACAGACCCAGGCCCCUUCGCUCUGCAGGGAGCCGGUGGGGGCCGGAAGAGGGAGGGGCCCCAAGAGCCAGCUAGCAUCCAUCAGCCAUCUAAUCCGUCCAGGAGGAAGCAAACUCCAGCCAGGGAUGGGAUGGGGGGUAUUUAUAAGGGCUACUUGGUGGGAGGUGGGCACCCUAUGGGUCUCCAGGCACACUCUGGCCCUUCCCAGAAAGGGGACGGGUCCUUUUUCUCAAAGCUUCAACCACCUGUGUAUUAGGGGAUCAUAGGAGUAUUUUAUUAUUGAUCACAGUCAUUAUUAUUUUAUUAUAAUACUAUUUUUAUUAAACGUCCCCCUACAGUUGAGUAGGGGGCAAAAUAAGUAUUUAUCUUCUCAAAUGCCAUAUGCCCGGGAGGGAUCAACCCUGACGCUCUGUGAGGCAGUAAGAAACCAAUAAAAACAGCUUUGUAACCUG